AGCCCGGUAAGUCUGGGGACCCCUGAUCUAGAGUUUCUACGCAUCAUAUAUUUAGUAUAUUUAAAGUACAUCCCUACCAAUAAUCCUGGGAACUUUACCCCUCCAAGAGCUACAAUUCCCAGCACAAACUACAGUUCCCAGUUUUUACUUUUGCGGGGUAGAGGGAGAGAAGAGAAAUCUGUUUUAAAUGCAUGGUGUGUGCACAGCCAAAUUGUGAAGAAGCAGACUUCAGACAAGGGCACCAUGCCAUCUUUUUGAGUAGCAUGUGUGUUCGUCUUUCUGGAUUUUCUAGUUGUUGUGGGCAUGACUUCUGGAGCCGUACCAGAGCCUUUAAAGUGCAAUAUUUAAGCUUUUCACUCCCUGCUGUCUUGACUACCAAAAGUAACUGUCUGUACCCUGAUAGCAUUCGUCGGGGCUAAACUUGCUUGUAGAUUGACCUGGUAUGGACAGGUAUUUCCCGUUUUGUUCCCACCUCGCAGCCGACAAGAGAUUGCCCAAAAGCAGUCAAAGUUUGGAUUCUGCCGGCUUCGCCUGUCACCAGUAAAGCCUUGCUUUUCCAGCUUGUGCCUUCCUUAUGAGCCAGGUAUCCUUUGCGUUCCAAGCACGAGGUGGUUGAUGACUGUUCUUGGACCGAAGUCAUGGGUAUGUUGGCUAGAUUUUUAUCUCUCCAUUCUCACCCUGCCGUAUAUGAGGAGAGAAGGAGGAGGAGGAUUUGCCGUCUAAUUAGCAGCAUUCCUGAGACGUGACUGGGUGGUGCUGCCGCCGCUGCGCUGUUGCUGCUGCAGUCAGCUGCUCAACAAUCCAAAAGUGUUCCAGGAACUUACUCUGUUCGGGGACUAUUUGAAGAGACACACAGAUGGACUGGUGGUUGGCGCUUCUCUCAGCAGAGAAGAGCAAUUUGUACUCUGUAUAAAGGAAUAUGGAUAAAUUUGGAAAGCAUGGCAGGUCCGGAUUCAUUAGGACUCGCAUUCCUAGACCUCAGGUCCUACUGCAGCCAAUCCAGCCUUCUGGUCAUCCAGGUGUUUGCAGAAAUUGUGCUUGCAAAAUGAGCCGCUUUCCUCGGAAAAGUUCCUCAGAGCUCCUGCAAUCAGAAUGCAGGCAUUCCAGGGCAGAUUCCUCGAGCAACUUAGCAAUGGAUACUUUUUGGCUAGAGGUUGAGAGCAUCAAAGAGAGUACCGAAUGUGAGCCGGACGAAUGCGACCUUACGGAUGCCAAACCCCCAGAAGAAGGGGAAGCCGAAGCCGAAUGGCUCCAAGACGCAGGGCUUUCGGAUCUAAUUGGGGACCACGCCGCAGAGAAUGGCAACAGUGUCCUGCUUUCCACGUUGACCAAGACUCAGGCUGCAGCUGUGCAGCGACGGCUUGACACUUACACCCGCUCUCGGAGAAAGAAGAACAAGCAGCCUGUCCGUGAUGUCAGAGACAUCUUUGGAGUGGUUGGCUCUGUGGAGACUGAGCCAGAGACAAAUUUGGAAAUGGACAGAUCACACCGCAAGUCUGCAUCAUCAAACAACAUCCAGAAAACAGAUCCAACGGAAACCCAGGACUUCCCAUCACCACUGAGAGGCUCUGCAAGAGAGGAGCUAUUCAGCACAGAAAUUGCUUAUUCUGAGCAGGCAGCCAUCCUGCUCAAAGGAUCUUUCCCAAGGGAAUCCAGGAGGAUCAAGGAUGAGAGUUGUUUACCUAAAUUUAAGAUCCCCAAGGGGAGGCUGGGAGUGACCAGGAUAGGAGACUUAUCUCUGCAGGAUAUGAAAAAGAUUCCCACGCUGGCACUCAUUGAGCUGACUGCUCUCUGCGACGUCGUUGGCUUGGAGCUGAAGAGAAACAAAGCAGUAAAGCGGAAGGCUGCAGAGCGCAAGCUUUUUGGGGUUUCGCUUGGCACUUUGUUAGAAAAUGACGAAAAGCUCUUCCCAAAUACCAGGGUUCCAUUGAUUCUGCAAGCAUUGCUGUCGUGUUUAGAAAAGAAAGGACUGGACACGGAAGGAAUCCUAAGAGUUUCAGGAUCACAGAGCCGCAUUAAGAGCCUGGAACAAAAGCUAGAAAGUGAGUUCUAUACUGGUUUCUUCCAGUGGGAUGAGGUCCAUCAGAAUGAUGUCUCUGGCUUGCUGAAGAGGUUCAUCCGGGAACUGCCCACCCCUCUGCUGACGGCAGAAUACUUACCUGCCUUUGCAGCUGUGCAAAAUAUCCCAGAUCUGAAACAGAGGCUGCAGGCUCUCAAUCUGCUUAUACUGAUUUUGCCAGAACCCAACCGAAACACCCUGAAGGCUUUGCUGGAGUUUUUGAGGCUGGUGGUUACCAGGGAGCGGAAAAACAAGAUGAAUCUUUGGAACGUUUCCACAGUCAUUGCUCCGAAUCUCUUCAUGCACAAGGGGCUGCCAAACAAGAUCCCGGAAGGGAAGGAGAAACAGCUGGCCGAGGGUGCAGCGGAUGUGGUGCGGAUGAUGAUCCAUUAUCAGGAUUUACUCUGGACUGUUGCAUCUUUCUUGAUAACUCAAGUGAGAAAACUGAACGAGAGCAGCAGCAGGAGGUACCAGUUCUGUGACAGGAGGAUAAAAAACCUGUUAAGGAAGAUUAAUCUGGACAAGGAGAAGACAGAGAAAAACCAUGGCGAACCAUCCAAAAUAGUGAAAGUCCAGGCUUCCCCGUUCCUAAAGGAUUCCCUGGAAGUUCGCUUAACCAGUGCAACCAAAGCUGCAGAUGUCCUGAGGCAGUUCCAGAAGAACCUCUGUCAAAACGGCUGGAAUAUUGUCAACACCGUCAAACUUAUCAAAUGUAAUGGUUCGGUAGAUACGAUGAACCUGCUCUUCUAUGAAGUUGGCGGCAACAUAAGUGAACAUUGCUUGGACCCAGACACAUACCUCUUAGACCUGUACCAUGUGAAUCCUCAUGCAGAAUGGGUUAUAAGACAAAACCCAUCUUUUCCAAGGACACUCUAGGAAGACUGACGAGAGGAAAAUGAUCUAGCUGGAAAUAAUGUUAAACAAAUAGUUAAAUGGGGGCGGGGUGGGGAUGAAAUUUUUACUCCUGGAUUUUUAUUUUUAUUUUAAUGGGAGGCUGUGAAGAAAGAAGCAAUUCCCUUUAACUGUUCGCAUGGACUUGUGGCUAGUUGAAGGUUACAUUGGGGUAGCAGAGCAUCUAUAGGAUGUGAAUGCCUGUAGUAAAGGACUUCUGGAAAGAAAGUUUUUAAAAGGAACAGUCUUGUCCCUGAAGAAAUUGAUGGAGAUCUGUGGAUCUGUGCAAUGUCUUCUGGGAUGCAGCCUUGACAUUACAGUUCAGUGCACAAACAUGUAUUUGUGUGUGCCCACACACUUCCACAGACAUGUUGCUUAUUUGAUUAGAGUAAACCAUCUCAGUAUUACUGUUUAAUUCAACCUUUUUAAUGUUCAGAUUGGAUUUCACAUCCCUGUCUGGUUGUAAUAAUUCCCCCCCCCCCCAUAGCGAUACUCCUCAGCAGAGACUUGUCUUCCUGUACUGGGCCCUAACAAGUCUUUUCGUUGUGACCAAGACAAUCCGGAAACACCUGAGCCAUAUAAUGUUCUUAGUCUUCAUGUCGUCAUUGUUUCUUUGGUGUUGCGUUUUUAAAACGUCGUGUUUGUAGGUAUAUUUACCAAAAGCCUGUUGAAAUGAUCUAGGCUAUUCUGGGAAAAGUGAUGAUCUGUACUUAAAGAUCCUCCUUUCCUUGUUUGCUCACAUUUUUUAAAAAGGCCAAAGUAUCUACCUAAAUGUAUAGAGGGUUUCUCAAAAUUGAUAGUUUUGAAUAUCUGUAUUUUGCACUUGUGACUUAAAGAGGGCCUAUUUAUUUUGAAAAUGUCAACUAAUAGAGACAUUUAAAGGGUUAUUUCAUGUUAUCCGCUUCCAAGCUAGUGGACGUGAGAAAGCUAAGCCCUUUCUCAGCCCAAACGCCACAGCUGAUGUUGUCAGAAGAGCAAAAUAUGAACACAUAUGCUGGAAGAUUGCCUCAUUUGGACAUGAAAGGGUUUAGAAGGAGGCAUUUUGUCAGCAUAAGAAAGGAAUUUGUGCUUAAGAGUGGAUGAGUAGGGCAGGGAGUCCACCUUUAAUACAAACAUGCAUUACACAUCUGAUCUCUGUAGAAAAGCAGCUUUGUAAGGAAGGAAGCAUGUAUCUGAAACCCCAUUUCUUCUUUUGCAGCAGGGAGGGGAGAAGCGGCCUACACUAGGAGGGAAAGGGUUAAUGGCCCUCCCUGCUGCUCAGCUAUCAAUCUUGCCCUCCUAAGGCUGCUGUUUUGAAGAGAAGAUCAAGGGCUGUUGCAUGUAACACCUGGUGAAUAAGUUGCCAUUUGGAUAGGAAGAAAGCAAAUUAACCUGUGAAGUUACUUUCCGCUUGCCCUGUACUUUCCUUCCUUAGCCCAAUUAUAGUCUAAUUUGACUGCUUUCCCUCCAGUGUAAAUGUGUGCUGUUGAGAGGUGAUGCAUAGGUAGUUCACGAAUCCCUUGGGGGUUUAUUGGAGGUCGGAAUGAGAAAUUGCAUGAAGAUGGGUCUCCUGCUAAAAACGACAACAGCGUGUAAAUAUCCAUUUCCUUCCCCCUGUGUCGAACUUCGCCCCAUGUCUUGGUAUCUUUACUGCCAGUGUUUUCUUUCCCCAACCUCAUUGACAGUCAGUGCUGGGGGCAAGGAAGUAGGGAAUCAUGGUGACAUCACAACACAAAGCAAGUUUUAUUUAACCAUACAGAUGGGGACGGAAUAGUUCAUGCAGAAGCUGUUUUCUUCUAAAGCUGUGUCGCUUUGUUCUGACCAGAGUGCAGGAGUCAUGUCUUGCUCAGCAUAUACAUUUCCAACUUUGCAUUUCUCAUCCUUUAUAGACUUUUACUAGAGAAAGGAUAGGCGCAGGAGUCCAUUAGAAUUUUCUGGAAAAGUACUAACAGAUGUAAUGAGCAGCACAGGCUGGAUGACUCAGAUGGGUUUAGGAAAGUAUCUACAUGUCACAGCACAGUCUUAAAAGAAUACAGAAUUGCCUACAAAAUCCCUUGAGUAUUUUUUUAUAGCACACUCUAAAUCCACUGUGCAAAAGUGUUUCAUGCCAAUGCAUUGAAAGGAAUCUGUACAGAGCAGUCUUCCCCAACCUGGUGCCCUCUGCAUACUCCCACCCAGCUAGCAUGGGAAAUUUUCAGGAAUGAUGGGAGUUGUAGUCAAAGCUUGGGGAAGGCUGGUGUAGAACUUUAAGAGCAUAGCAGGCUUGCCAAGCAGAGAGUAGGCUUUGAUCCUGUAUGAUAAAGGGUGCAAGGUGCCUAGAGGAAGGAGCACUGGGGUGUGUGUGGCAAUUUUGGUAAUUCCGAAAAGGCCAAGGUAGAAGAGAGAGGCCAAUCUUAGCUUCCAAGAUAUGAAAAUUAAGUUUUGUACUUGGGGCCAAUUUGAAUGAAUAGCUUGGGGGAUGAAAGAAAAUGACUACGAUUCCUCAAAUGCUAACAGAGUAAUGUGAAAUGAGUAUUGGGGAAAGCUAUAUGUGCAGGAGCAAAACCCGAGAGAAACUAACAUUUGAGGGGGAAACAUGGUGUUAUGCCCAAAUCUGUCCAUAAUAUUGAUGGUCUGUCAUCACUUUCACUGUCCUUUUGUGUCUCUCGAAAUUUUAUUGAUGGCAGUUAAAGUGGCAAGGCAUAAAAUGGUAAAGCUCACUUGUGUGUGUGCGUGUGUGUAUUUUUUUUAAAACGAUGGUUUAUAUUAUUUUUAAUGCUGUAUUUAAUCAAUAAAGAACUAGAUACAUU